UGUCACAGGGACAGAGGGAGGUAGUGCAGAGUUGGAUAGAAAAAAAAAAGAAGAGACAAAAAAAGAGUGUGAGGGGCAUAGCAGCGUAAAGCUUGGAAUUUACUUGGAACUGCUACAAUGCAAUGAAGAUUGAAGGAGAGGGACUGGUGUGGCAAUGAUGCAGUGGUCAUCUGAGUGGGCGGAACAACACUAUGAUGUCUCCUCCACCACAUCACCUCCAGUUCACCCUAAGCCCCUCCCCUUUCCACAGCCCAGUCGUCCUGCGUUCUCAGGCUACACCGAUGACAUCAGUGCCCUCAGUGCCUCUAGCUUGCUAAAACGCUAUGCCGAGAGGUAUUCCUUCAACUCCGCUUUACCAGAACAUGGGAGCUUCCUAAGAAGUGAGCCGCACCAGGAGCCAUGGCCUGGGGGGUACAGCACAGGUGGGCCUCCUGGUUUAGACCCCCUGAAGGGGAGCACAAGUGAUCUCUCAGAACAGCAGUACAGCGGUGGUCCCACAUCUCAGGAUUACCCAUCAUCCUACAGCAGCCAACAUCUGCUGCCUAAACCAUCCUAUCUUCCGUCACCAGCGUUUGCCUUGCCGUCUGCAUAUCUGCCAGCUACACCAGGCUACGCUUAUCCCCAGCAAUGCGGUCUGAGUGCAAGUUACCCUCACAGCACCCCUUCUCUGCUGCCCUCGGGUCUACACACCCCCACACCUCUUCACAGCAGCCACGCUACUGCCGAACUCCCACGCAGCAGGAAGUUUGGCUUCGACCAGUCCAAAACUGCAAGAGUGUCACCAUACACAGUCAGGGACAAGACCGAACGGCAGGACAGCGACAGUGGUAGGAAUGUCAAUGAAAGUUGUGGGACGGACCUCCAGAGCUACAGGCCCGAUAGACUUUCCACUCAGUCCGAUCUUGAGGCAGAUUCUGUGGGUAAGACCAGUGAUCUUCAGCCUCUGGAGACACGGCCUUAUGGAGGCCCAGGACAGUACACAUAUCCCUGAGUCUUCUUAAUGUAGUCCAAUUAUCCUUUUUUAUGCAUGUUUAUAGCAAUACUUGAACCUAACAAACAUCAGGGCAAAUAUAAUUAUGGUAUAAAACCAUUUACGGACUGAGAAGAUAGAUGUCUCUCUUAUGCACAUUAGCAUUAAUUCUGACUGCAGCUUUAAUGAGACCUGUAGCACAGACACUCUUUUGUAUCCCUGAAAUCGCUCUUUCUUUUUUUAUUCUCUUCCUUUCCUCUUUUACUCUCUCUCUCUCUAUAAUUAUGUUGUGCAGUGAAGCACAUUAUGGAGGCAAGUACUAAUCCACGGCUAAAAAUCAAUGAAAUCAAAGUCAAAGAAAGACUGAAAGAGAGGAAUCGAAAAAGAAAAGAGAAAGACACAAAAAUAAAGACUGUAUUUUUAGACAGCACACAUAUGAAAGUUUCAUACUGUAUGUUCUGUGUAAUGUAAAGUUUUCAUACAUUUUGUUGGCGAGUAUGUGUUAGUGGUAAGGUAACACUGAAAUCAUCUUAUUUUAGGAAUAUAAGGUAAAUUUCCUCUAUAAACUUUGAAUGUAAAGUUGAUUUCCCUCAGGAAUUGUGAAUGAAGCCAUACUUAAUGUUUAUCUUAUACAGUUUUAGAGUUUGACCGAUGUUUUUCUUUUAUUGUCUAGUUAGUGUAGUUUAUUUGCCAUGUCUUUUGUUAAAAUGACUUUAAAAAAAUGUAUUUGUAACCUUACAGUAUUUCAAUGAUAAAAAUGCAAAGCAUAUUUUUACAGAAAACAUAUUAUAUAUCUGGCUUCCACAGGGCUACUGCAAAAAGGCUAAAAUGCUCUCCACAGUCUUUUCCACUAUUCACCUAUUGUGACGUUUACUAUGGACGGAGUACACAGAGCUGUCCCAGCCCCCUGAGUUGAUCACUGGAUGUGUUUUCCUCUGACCCACUGACCCUUCUCUGUUUUAAAUGAGGCUUGUGAAAGAAUAGAGAGCUUUUGUUGUAGUUAGGCAAGUUGGACAUAUACUGAAAUGUACAAAAUGACAUGAAAAUGCCAAUCUAGUUAAUAUAUGUUAUUUUUACACUUACACUUACAAAGGCAAUAUACUGGACAAUAGCAUAUGACUUAAUGGAUGUAAAAUAUGAUCUACCUCACUGUUACAAUGCUGUAUGUUCAGAGUGCGCAAUUUUGUAUUACAUGUCAAAAUGUCUACCUCAAGGAAAAAAAUACACAAAAUAAAAACUAUUGUACCAAUAAACAA